CGCGCCGCCGCCGCCCUCUGCGCCCCGCGGCGCCCCCCGGUCCCGCCCGCCAUGCCCGGCCCGGCCGCGGGCAGCAGGGCCCGGGUCUACGCCGAGGUGAACAGCCUGAGGAGCCGCGAGUACUGGGACUAUGAGGCUCACGUCCCGAGCUGGGGUAAUCAAGAUGAUUACCAACUGGUUCGAAAACUUGGUCGGGGAAAGUAUAGUGAAGUAUUUGAGGCCAUUAACAUCACCAACAAUGAGAGAGUGGUUGUAAAAAUUCUCAAGCCAGUGAAGAAAAAGAAGAUAAAACGAGAGGUUAAGAUUCUGGAGAACCUUCGUGGUGGAACAAAUAUCAUUAAGCUGAUUGACACUGUGAAGGACCCUGUGUCAAAGACGCCGGCUUUGGUAUUUGAAUAUAUCAAUAAUACAGAUUUUAAGCAACUAUACCAGAUCCUGACAGACUUUGAUAUCCGGUUUUAUAUGUAUGAGCUGCUUAAGGCUCUGGAUUACUGCCACAGCAAGGGAAUCAUGCACAGGGAUGUGAAACCUCACAAUGUCAUGAUAGAUCAUCAACAGAAAAAGCUGCGACUGAUAGACUGGGGCCUGGCAGAGUUCUACCACCCUGCUCAGGAGUACAAUGUCCGUGUAGCCUCGAGGUACUUCAAGGGCCCGGAGCUCCUCGUGGACUAUCAGAUGUAUGAUUACAGCUUGGACAUGUGGAGUUUGGGCUGUAUGUUAGCAAGCAUGAUCUUUCGAAAGGAGCCCUUCUUCCAUGGACAGGACAACUACGACCAGCUUGUUCGCAUUGCCAAGGUUCUGGGUACAGAUGAGCUGUAUGGCUAUCUGAAGAAGUAUCACAUAGACCUAGAUCCGCACUUCAACGAUAUCCUGGGACAACAUUCACGGAAACGCUGGGAAAACUUUAUCCAUAGUGAGAACAGACAUCUCGUCAGCCCCGAGGCCCUAGAUCUUCUGGACAAACUUCUGCGAUACGACCAUCAGCAGAGACUGACUGCCAAAGAGGCCAUGGAGCACCCGUACUUCUGUGAGUCUCCAGGGACUGUUUUCAGGGGCAUAACUUACUAAAGGAAAAAUACUUCUCUUCAUCUUUGAGAUCAGUCAAGAGAAUUCUAGGUAUUUGUAUUGAAUCGUCCUUAGAAUUUGGCCUCAUUAGUUCUAGACCGUUGAGACAACUUUGCAGUUGCUCUGCAGAGGGGUUGCUUGUUCACUGCCUUAGCUCCCUCGAGUCCAGGAGGGACCAUUCCCUGUGGCCCUGAGCUUAUAGAUCACAAGUAUCUAAAAUUUGUUUUCAAGUGUAUAUAUUUGUAUGGAAACCUAACCAAAGGUAUUCUUCUCUUCAAAAACCAAGUAGUUAGUUAAAAGUGAUAAGGUGACUGUAGUGUAUUUUCAAAGAAGGAAAUGAGUUAAAUAAACAAAAGGAAUUUGAGGAAAGGAAAGCAGGUAUGGAAGGACUGCACUAAAAUCUCACCUGCAUUAAAGAAUUUUUAGGUCUCGCUUCAAAGUGUGUGUAUGUAUUCAGUGCAUGUGGUUGCUUAUCGUCUGCAUGCAUACAGGCCUCCCCACCCCCCACUGAUAAAGAUGUCUCCAACAAACUUUCUCCUUAAUUGUUGGCAACGUGAGAUGAUUUAGUCCAGGCACAGGGGAGACUGGGGAUGAAGGUUACAGGACCCGUCUCUGUUCACUCUCUGAAUUGAGAAGAAAACCUUCAGCCUGUCUGUUGCUUGGCCAGUAUGCUGUCUUCCCUCCCUCCUCCCCUCCUCCCCCUAAGAUUAAACAAAUCUUACCUGAAGAAAAUAAAUCUUGAACCUCUUGGCCUGUAAGCAUUAGUAGACAGCAAAUUGGAAAGGUUUUACCCUUUGGUCUUCUAGACCUCAGACAAGUGCAACUCAGAUGUCCUCUUUCCAGUUUCUGGCACAGGAAGCCGUUUUUACCCUUUGAGUUAAAUUGAACUAAGAAUUCCAGUGUUUUAUAGUAAGUAAUUUGUGAUUUAUUUGCUUUUCUGAAUACACAUCUCUUGUAAGAAAAAAAAAAUGUUU